AUGGGACGACUGCAACCGACAGUCGUUGUCACUCCUCAGGCAAACAGACGUUCGGAUCGUGCCAAAAGGGCAAAGGAUACUGUCAACAGAGUAAUUCCGGAUAUUCUCAAGUCGAGUCCGAGGGCCAGGCAUGGCAUCCACAACGCUGUCUUGACAACAGAUCCCAAGCUGGAUAGCAAUAUCGAGAAACCGUCGACGUCGGACUUGACGAUCCGACUCUGUAACACGGACUCCCUUACUGCAGCUCGUCGUCUGACCCACUCGUCCCCGACCAGGUCGACAAACGUUUGUAUCCUAAACAUGGCUUCCCCUCUUCGCCCUGGUGGUGGUUUUCUGGACGGUGCAACCAGCGCUGAGGAAUUUCUUUGCAUGCGUACCACCUUGUAUGCAUCACUCUGGGAUGACUUCUACCGACUACCAGAGGUUGGCGGUGUCGUGACCCCAGAUGUUCUGGUACACAGAGACAGUACUCCCGAGGCAGAAGACUUGCCAAAGCGAGAACGUUUCUUUGUUGAUGUGAUCAGCGCGGCCAUGAUCCGAUUCCCCGAGACCAACAGCGCACGCAUCGCCGAGAAGGAAGAUGCUGAAGGCGGCUGCUCAUGUGGUGUGAGCUAUUGCGACCGUGACCGCGAACUUGUGACACACAAGAUGCGUGGCGUGCUUCGCAUGGCGCAAAGUCGCGGAGCUGAAAAGCUUAUUCUCGGAGCGUGGGGCUGUGGUGCCUAUGGAAAUCCUGUGCGCGAAGUUGCAAAGAUCUGGAAGCGCGUUAUACUUGGUACUACCAGAAAGGCAGAAUCCUGGCCAGGCAUCAGGGAGAUUAUCUUUGCAAUCACCGAUCGCGGUCAAUUGAAGGAGUUCGAAAAAUGCUUCGGAGAU